AUGGUCAAGGGCGACCGACCGGCGGUGAUGGCGCGUGACCCGGGCCGGCUCUACCACACCGGCCUGCUCUGGAGCCUGGUGCUGGGCGCGUGUGCCGCGCGGAACGUGCUGCUGGUGCAGAUGGUGGGCACCGGCAGCCAUGAGUUCGUCAUGCGUCGGCUGGGCGAGCAGCUGGUGCAGCGCGGACACCGCGUCACCCAGAUCAGAUGGCUGCACGCCUUCAGCGACCUCGUGCCGGCCAACUCCAGCGUGGAGAUCAUCAGCCGCCGCGUCAAAAACGCCGCGCUACGUCACCGGCGCUUCGACGCGGCCGGCGUGUUCCAGCCGGUCUCCAGCGGCGCCUGGCGCGGCGCCAGCUCGCUGGGCGUGGCGCUCGACCUAGCCCAGCAGCCGCACACCUACUGCGAAGAUCUGUUGGGCGACCAGCGCCUCCUGCGCCGCAUGCGCCGCCGGCGGUUCGACGUGGCCAUCGUCGACGUGUACUGCAACGUGUGCGGCGUGGCGUUCGCGCGCGCGCUGCGGCUGCCCGUCGUCGGGCUGUACGUUGUCAGCGUCGUCGGCAGCGAGCAGAGCAACCUGAUGGGUCUGGUGAACAUGCCGUCGGCGGUGGUGGCCCAGUUUACCGGCCUGACGCCGCCCAUGAGUCUGCUGCAGCGACUGCACAACGCUUUCGUCAUCCUCGGCUUCAAGCUGGUUUCUCGCUACCUUCUCGCCGUCUCCGACAUUUACGUGCAGAAGUACCACCCGGAGCUGCCGACCAGUGCCAGCCUGAUGCGAAACCUGGACAUGGCGCUGUACAACUCCAACUUCCUGGUCACCCAGCCGCUGCUGCUGCCGCCUAACAUGCAGGCCAUUGGCUGUGUCCAGUGCACCCCUCCUCGACCUCUGCCUCAGAAUCUGGAGACGUUCUUCAAGAGCUCUGGGGAGCACGGCGUCAUUAUCUUCUGCAUGGGCAUCACACUGUAUGACCCGGAGCUGAUUCCCGUCCGGUUUAUUGAAAGAUUCAUGAGGAUCUUCUCCAGACUGGAGCAAAAGGUCUUGGCUACCUAG